GAUUGCCACUGGGCUUAACAACGGGUCUUCGGUCUUUCGGCUGGAUCUGGGCUUAUGGCUUGGGGAGAGAGAGGGAAGGGCGACAGAAGGGUUGAAAGGGAGACGUUCGCCGGGAUUUAGGGGAGAGGAUUUUCGGGAGGGACGUGCGGGUGGGUGUUCUGUGGCUGAUGCAUCGGUCAGAGGGUUGUUGGGGGGAGGAGAGGAGGGGGACAGAGGGACUGACGGAUUGGAGAGAUGGGAGCUACGGGUUUGGACUGAGUAAGAGAGGGAUUGGGGUGGGUUUAGGUUUGUUGUCAUUCAGUGAGGGUUUCGGGGAUGGGAGGCCAUGCCUCCUCUGUGAGAGAGAGAGAGAGAGAGAGAGAGAGGCCAUUGCCGCAGAUCCUCGAUUUCAUGAGUGGGAGAGGGGAGAUGGUCAGAGAAAAGUAUGAGCCACCGCUUCGCACGGUGGAAGCUAGCCCAGGCGUCUGUCAUCGCUGCACCUCGACUUCUUCUCCGCUUUUUCUUUGCUUUUUGAUUCUCUCUCGGCAUUCUCAGUUUCUGCUACUCUCCACAAACCCAAAUUUCUUUAUACCGUUCCAGUAUUCAACGAUAAACCCAAAACCCAGAUCCCUAAACCCAAAUUUCUUCAUUUUUUUUCCCUCCUCGAGUUCGGACAGGAGCGGCAGAUGUACCCAGAUGAGUAGAUCCUCAAGUCCAUUUUAUGCUCCUUAACAAGACCAACACGGUCGACUACGCCAUGGACAUCCACAAGUCCCUCCAUCACACCGAAGAUGUUCCCCAAGGUUGCGUUGAAGGAGGUUAUCGAGAAGGUUCUCGCUGAGCCGAUACGGCUUCAGUUCGUUGUGGCUAAUAUUGGAACUGGGUUUUCAUCGAAUCUCUUGCACAGAUCAAACACAAGCAUACACAUCAAACCAUGCAUUCACAGAGCAGGCGCCAAAAAACCAUCAUUGAGUUUGGACUCCUAUCGCAGCAUCAUCAUUUGCUCUUGCAGCUGCUUUUGAUGCAAAGGUUCUCAGCCAUGACAUUUGAAUCAAAAUUCUGGUGCAUUUUAGCCACACACUGACAGCUACUGCUGCACUUUAGGUACAAUUAAACAACCAUCAUUCUCCAAUUCAUGUGAAAAACUCAUGUACAUUGUAUAUAGUUGGGACUUUAAAAAAUCCGACAUUUUUUUUUAAGAUAGGCUUUUAAUGUAAAUUCAAUAGAAUGUAGAUCCAACUGAAAGACUUAAUUUACCAUGUCGAUUCAGUUGCUUUGAUUGGUUUCUGAAUAAUUUAAAAAUUGGUGUGUUAAACUA